AUGCCGGCUGUAGUUUUGGCGAGUUCGGAUGGCGGCCCGAAGCAGUUCGAGGGGAAGAUCACGUCCUACGUGGUCAUCUGUGGGAUUAUUGCUGCCACCGGAGGAUUGAUGUUUGGAUACGACAUCGGCAUCUCCGGAGGAGUUACAGCAAUGGAUGACUUCCUGGAGAAGUUCUUCCCUGAUGUGUACGUGAAGAAACACCGGGCCAAGGAGAACAACUACUGCAAGUACGACAACCAAGGCCUGCAGCUCUUCACCUCGUCGCUCUACCUCGCCGCGCUGGUGUCGAGCUUCUUCGCUUCCAAGUCGUGCACCAAGUUCGGCCGGAGGUUCACGAUGCAGGCGGCGUCCGUCUUCUUCUUGAUCGGCGUCGUGCUCGAUGCCGCCGCCCGAGACCUCGCCAUGCUCAUCAUAGGGAGGAUUCUCCUCGGCAUGGGCGUCGGAUUCGCCAACCAGGCGGUUCCGUUGUUUCUGUCGGAGAUCGCGCCGGUGCGAAUCCGAGGCGCCCUCAACAUCCUCUUCCAGCUCGAUGUAACCAUCGGAAUCCUCGUCGCCAACAUCGUCAACUACUUUGCCUCGAACCUCCACCCGUGGGGGUGGCGGCUGUCCCUUGGCCUCGCCGGCGUGCCGGCCACGAUCCUGUGCUUGGGCUCCUUCCUCAUCACCGAGACGCCGACGAGCCUCAUCGAGCGCGAGAAGACGGAUGCAGGCUUGGCCAUGCUCAAGAAGAUCCGAGGAACAGAGAACGUGGAGCUGGAGUACCAGGAGAUCGCGCGGGCCUGUGACAUGGCGCGGCAGGUGAAGCACCCGUUCCGGACGCUGAUGAAGCGGCACAGCCGCCCGCAGCUGGUCAUCGCCGUGCUGAUGCAGGUGUUCCAGCAGUUCACGGGCAUCAACGCCAUCAUGUUCUACUCGCCCGUCCUCUUCCAGACCAUCGGUUUCAAGAACGACGCCUCGUUGCUGUCUGCCGUCAUCACCGGCACCGUCAACACCCUCUCCACCGUCGUCUCCAUCGUCCUGGUGGACCGAGUCGGCCGGAGGAUGUUACUGCUCGAGGCCUGUGUUCAGAUGCUUCUCUCACAGGCUCUCAUCGGAAUCCUCCUGCAAGUGAAUCUGAAAUCAAACAACACGCUCCAUCAAGGAGUGGCAGUGCUGGUGGUGGUGCUGGUGUGCCUCUACGUGUCGAGCUUCGCAUGGUCAUGGGGGCCUCUCGGGUGGCUGAUACCCAGCGAGAUCUUCCCCUUGGAGACGAGGACGGCCGGCUUCGCCUUCGCCGUGAGCUCCAACAUGCUCUUCACCUUCCUCAUCGCGCAGGCCUUCCUCUCCAUGCUGUGCCACAUGCGGGCGGGCAUCUUCUUCUUCUUCGCGGCAUGGAUCGUGGUCAUGGGACUGUUCACCAUCUUCCUGCUGCCCGAGACGAAGAACGUCCCCAUCGACGAGAUGGUCGAGAUGGUGUGGAAGCAGCACUGGUACUGGAAAGGCUACAUGGACAAGGAGGAAGCCAAGGAAGACAAGGUUGACAUCAUUUAGGGUUGCUUUCUCGUUGCAAACUUCACCUUCUUCCUCACGCACGCACGUAGGCGACAUUUUCCAUCGAUGAUCUCAGUGUGCCAACACACUCAAGAUUGUUUCUUGAUUUCUUCUUUCCAAAACAAUGGUAGCUUUACAAGACAACAUUGAUUCUGUAGAUUCGCAAGAACGAUAAAUUCAAGAUGAUGUCUUACGACUCAA